AUGGCUCCAAUACGAGCACUGUGGACUGGCAUCGUUUAUUUCUUCGAUUUUCUGACAAAUUCUCCAAGCCAGCUUUAUUCUUCAGAGACUACUCCAAAUCUGCAGGUUCCAGUCCAGCCAAUUCAGCCGCAGGCAACAAGAUACCCGAUUUUCAAUCCACCAGAUGACCUUGAAGAUGUUCCUUUUCGAUGUGAAUACCCCGACUACCCGGAAAAAGACGGCUGGGUGUCGUGCAACACCAAGGCAGACAGACAGUGUUGGCUUAAAAAUACCAAGACUGGCGAACGCUUUGAUAUCGCUACCGACUACGAGAACAAGGGACCAAAAGGUAUCGUGAGACAUUACUACCUCGAGUUAGAAGAAUCGACUCUCAAUCCCGACGGAUUUGCAAAUCUGUCAGUGCAACUGUUCAACAAGAGCCUCCCUGGCCCCCGAAUCCAAGCUUGUUGGGGUGAUCAGGUACACAUCACAAUCAAAAACAAGUUGACAGGCAGUCAGACAGCCGACGACCCUGGAAACGGCACCGCAAUCCACUGGCACGGCUUCAGACAGUGGCAUACCGGCUAUAUGGACGGUGUCAAUGCCGUCACGCAGUGUCCAAUUGCGCCAAAUUCCAGCUUCACAUACAUUUUCAACAUCACCCAAUACGGGACGUCGUGGUAUCACAGUCACUAUUCCUUACAGUACGCUGCAGGUGCACUGGGCCCGUUGACUGUCUAUGGCCCGACGUCAAAGAAUUAUGAUCAUCAGUUAUAUCCCAUUAUUAUGACGGACUGGCUCCACCAGAGUGUAUAUCAGAAGUGGGAUGCAUCGAUCCAAAAAAGCGGGAAACCGAUAUUCGUGGACAACAUUCUGCAAAAUGGCAUUGGUAAGUGCAUAAUACAGCCUUGGACGGGGUCACCGGGCUCAGAGCGACCUCUCAGGCAGGGAGUGAAAUACCUUGUGAGACUCAUCAACGGCGCCGCCGACACGACAUUUGUAUUCUCAAUCGACGACCACAAGUUCUGGGUUAUUUCCACGGACUUUGUGGCGAUUGAGCCAUACUAUACCGAUCACGUAGUGGUGGGGAUAGGGCAACGAUAUAAUAUCAUCGUCGACGCAAACCCAGAGAAAUUCACCUAUGAUCAGAGUUACUGGAUCCGUACGACUCCUGCUACGAACUGCAGUUCUUUCAACACCUCCGCUCCGAUUCCUGAUGAACGCACUGGCAUCGUUCGGUAUACCUUCAACAAAGCGUUGCCGAGUACUUCGAGACAUCCUUUCGAAGCUACCUGUGCGGACGAGACGUAUUAUAGGAACAUUACUCCAAUAGUCCAUUGGAGUGUCGGGCGCCGCAGACAAGAAAUGGAUCCUCUCUAUCUCACCUUCCAGCAGAUGAAGGGCUACCCAUACUGGCCGUGCGACAAGACAGUGGGCAGAUUCGAGCUCGUGCCAAAUAACCCCAUGUGGCUCAACUUCAGCGGCCCGACGCUCUGGAACCUCAACCAAAAUUUCACGGACAAGGGCUGGCUGGCCGUGGUCGACACGAAUGACACCAGCAAGGAAGAAUGGAUCCAACUCACCAUCAUAUCCGGACCCAAGAAGUCAAAAGCACCGCUCCUACCGCAUCCGGUGCCUAAGGUUCCUGGCAUUUUUGUUCCCGGCCAACAUCCGAUCCACCUGCACGGGCACGACUUCGCGGUGCUGGACCAAUGCGUCCCAGACUCCUCGACAGAAUGCGACGUGUCCAAGGCUUCUCUCACACUCAACAACCCUCCGCGGCGCGAUGUCGCCUUCCUCCCGAACGGCGGUUAUUUGAUCGUUGCGUUCAGGGCGGACAACCCGGGCGUCUGGAUCAUGCACUGCCACAUCGCGUUCCACGCGUCCUCAGGCCUGGCCGUGCAGAUCGUCGAGAAUCGCGGGAGGAUCAGCAUCCCGCCCUUCUGGGGGGAGCGGUUCAAAGACAUGUGCAAGGGCUGGGACGAUUGGAGUCCCAAGAUCCACGACCCGUCUGACCCGUGCGGAUAUCUCAUUGACCCCGGCGAAGAGCCCCUGCAGACGGACUCGGGAAUCUAG